UCUUCUGACAGUGACAACUGACAACAGUAACGAGGGCUUUGUUAUGUUUUGGACCGCUUCGAAGCAUUCUUUUGAACUUAAUCUUAAAUUAUCAUUUUUGUGUUAAAUUUAAUAGUCCUAUGUAAUUAAAUACUAAUGAUUAACUAACAUUUUGUUGUUUCAUUACAUGGUGAAGUUGAACUUAAUUUGAUAAUAUGGCUGAAUCAAUACCUAACUCAAGUUUGGAAACCAGCAAGGCUUCAAUACCAUCAAAUGAAGAACUCAUUGAUUCUCUGGUUUCUGGAUUGGAAGAAACUAUUAUGAGUGAUGAAAGUGAAAAAGUUACUAAUAUGUCAAACACUUUAAAAGAAGCCAGUGCCUGCAAGGAUUCUGAAAAUGAGUGCAUUAAUUUAACAAGUAGUGAAAAUAAAGUGGUGGAGCCAGAACUUGAACAAGGAGAAGAUAGUCAUGGAGAAUCAUCUGACAAGGACUUAAACAUACCAUCUCUGGAAGAUGAUUUGGUGGAUGAACUGGCUCUAAAAGACCUUGAACUGACAUAUACUGAAGAAGAUAGAGAGAGACUACAUAAAGAAGCAGUUGUUUUUAAGCAGACUGGCAAUGAUCUCUUUAAGUCUGCACAAUAUCGAGAAUCAGCCCACGCUUACACGCAAGCCUUGCGGACAUGUCCUCUGAGAUAUGCCAAGGAUCGGGCUAUAUUUUACUCAAACAGAGCUGCUUCAAAAAUGAAAUUGGAACUGACCGAGUCAGCUAUUGAAGACUGUACUAAGGCACUGGAGCUAGAUGAGAAUUAUUUGAAGGCUCUCUACAGACGAGCUCAACUCUAUGAGGUCACUGAUAAGUUGGACGAAGCAUUGGUAGAUUACAACCAAAUUCUUAAAAUAGACCCUCUCCACAAAGAUGCCAUGUAUGCUUCCAAGAGGCUACCUAGCCAAAUACAAGAAAGGAAUGAGAAAUUAAAGACAGAGAUGUUAGGAAAGCUGAAAGACUUGGGCAAUUUGUUUCUUAAGCCCUUUGGGCUAUCAACGGAAAACUUCCAACUAUCACAAGAUCCUAAUAGCGGUGGAUACUCAGUAAAUUUUAAAAGUUGAGAUCAAAAUGAUGUUUAUUUCUGCUCAUGCCACUGUGUAACGAUUGUAAAUAAAUAAAAAAAAAUUACCACUAUGUUAUA